GAGUCCGCCGCCGCCGCAGCGCCUCCGCUCCGCCAGCUCCGCCGGCUUAAAUUGGACUCCCCGAUCCGCGAGGGCGCGGCGCAGCCGGGCAGCGGCUCUCUCAGCCUUGGCAACCCUAGGGGCCACUGUUUCCCACUUAGCCACAGCUCCAGCAUCCUCUCUGUGGGCUGUUCACCAACUGUACAACCACCAUUUCACUGUGGACAUUACUCCCUGUUACAGAUAUGGGAGACAUGGGAGAUCCACCAAAAAAAAAACGUCUGAUUUCCCUAUGUGUUGGUUGCGGCAAUCAAAUUCACGAUCAGUAUAUUCUGAGGGUUUCUCCGGAUUUGGAAUGGCAUGCGGCAUGUUUGAAAUGUGCGGAGUGUAAUCAGUAUUUGGACGAGAGCUGUACGUGCUUUGUUAGAGAUGGGAAAACCUACUGUAAAAGAGAUUAUAUCAGGUUGUACGGGAUCAAAUGCGCCAAGUGCAGCAUCGGCUUCAGCAAGAACGACUUCGUGAUGCGCGCCCGCUCCAAGGUGUACCACAUCGAGUGUUUCCGCUGCGUGGCCUGCAGCCGCCAGCUCAUCCCCGGGGACGAGUUCGCGCUGCGGGAGGACGGGCUCUUCUGCCGCGCGGAUCACGACGUGGUGGAGAGGGCCAGCCUGGGCGCCGGCGACCCGCUCAGCCCCCUGCACCCGGCGCGGCCGCUGCAAAUGGCAGCCGAGCCCAUCUCCGCCCGGCAGCCGGCCCUGCGGCCCCACGUCCACAAGCAGCCAGAGAAGACCACCCGCGUGCGGACUGUGCUGAACGAGAAGCAGCUGCACACCUUGCGGACCUGCUACGCCGCCAACCCCCGGCCCGACGCGCUCAUGAAGGAGCAACUGGUGGAGAUGACCGGCCUCAGUCCCCGCGUGAUCCGGGUCUGGUUUCAGAACAAGCGGUGCAAGGACAAGAAGCGGAGCAUCAUGAUGAAGCAGCUCCAGCAGCAGCAGCCCAAUGACAAAACUAAUAUCCAGGGGAUGACAGGAACUCCCAUGGUGGCCGCCAGUCCAGAGAGACACGACGGUGGCUUACAGGCAAACCCAGUGGAGGUGCAAAGUUACCAGCCGCCUUGGAAAGUACUGAGUGACUUCGCCUUGCAGAGUGACAUAGAUCAGCCGGCUUUUCAGCAACUGGUCAAUUUUUCAGAAGGAGGACCGGGCUCUAAUUCCACUGGCAGUGAAGUAGCGUCGAUGUCCUCUCAGCUCCCAGAUACACCUAACAGCAUGGUAGCCAGUCCCAUUGAGGCAUGAGGAACAUUCAUUCAGACGUAUUUUUUUCCCUGUUGGAGAAAGUGGGAAAUUAUAAUGUUGAACUCCGAAACAAAAGUAUUUAACGACCCAGUCAAUAAAAACUGAAUCAAGAAAUGAAUGCUCCAUGAAACGCACGAAGUCUGUUUUAAUGACAAGGUGAUAUGGUAGCAACACUGUGAAGACAAUCAUGGGAUUUUACUAGAAUUAAAACAACAAACAAAACCCAAACCCAACAUAAUGCUAUCCAAUGACCUUAGGAGUACUGAAA